AUAAAUACACACACAACAGUCUGAACAGAGGCGAAAGGCUGUGUUAGCUGUUAUUCACAACAUCAAUCCAUCAUUCUUUGCUUCGCAGAAGGAGUGUGCAAGUGGUUGCUGAACAGCUGUGUGUUGUUAGCGUACUGCAUGCCACUGUUCAUUCGAGUGUGACUCCGUGCACGUGGAAUCGUGAUCUUCGAAGUCAGCCAGCUGGCACGGGCUGCCAUGCCAGGACUCAGGCAGGAGACCAGGACAACGACAUGCGUCGUAGAGUCUGGACAGCUCCAGGUAGCAAAUGAUCUGCGGAAAUCAAUGACUCGCUGGGAUUGCUACUAAAAUAAUUUAUUCCCUUGCCGGGUGUUCAGCGACGAGAUUCAAGAAGGAGCCGAGGAGUUACUGUAGACGGCGUAGUACUACUAGUAGCUGCAUGGCCUCGUGAGCAUAGGCAGGAGCGAUAGACAGCAGUAGCGUCACACAACUGCCAUGGCCGAUCCCAAUCAGUAUCAAGCGCCGAUCAACAACGGAGUGGCCGCGCAAGUCAAAUCGCCAAGUAGCCGCGCGCUAGAGCCUGUGAAGGAGGGCUGGGGAGCGACCAAGACUCUUCCCGCCGCGUUUGGCGAUCCAGCCCGAGAGGUGCUGGACCGGCUGAAUGAGCUACGUUGCUACCCAACCCUGUGUGAUGUCACACUGAUAGCAGGCGGCAGUCGCCUCACGGCACACCGUGCAAUACUGGCAUCGGCCAGUCACUAUUUCCUUGCCAUGUUUACUAGUGGCAUGAAGGAAGGACGCGCCGCGGAGGUGGAAAUUGGCCAUGUUCAGUUCGAUGUGCUGAAGACCAUUGUUGACUCCAUCUACUCGCGAACUCUUGAGAUCACUAUUGAGAACGUACAGGACUUACUCGCGGCCGCAUCGCUUCUCCAAGUCUCCAGUGUCGUCAGUCAGUGCUGCGACUUCUUGCUCAACCAUCUCGACGACCAGAACUGUCUGGGCAUUCGUGCGUUCCUGACCAGCAAUGGCUGCAUGGAGACCGCCCAUCGUACUGAUAUGUACAUUCUGAACAACUUUCCCGAGGUGUCCGUCUGCGAAGAGUUUGUUACGUACCCUCUUGAGCUGCUGCUACCGAUACUACGCAAUGACCUACUGAAUGUGGAGUGUGAGGAACAGGUGCUGGAAGCUGUACUGCGAUGGUAUAACCAUCAUGAAGGCUACUGUAACACCGGAGCUAACAUCAGUUCUUCAGCCAUGUCAGCAGCAGGCCUGCGAGGCAGCUUCUGCCCAAUGUCUCGCCUCCAGUCCACCGCCGCCACGUCCGUCAGCAUUGCCGGACGCGCUUCCUCUCUCGCGCCGAAAAGCGGCAGCCUGUACAAGAGUCAAGAGCAGCAGCACCGCUACCCUCGCGCCCGGUCGCUGUGUCACUGCGGCCGCUGCCACGGCCACGGCAACAAGCAUCGGCAGUGCCCAGAGAUCGGUAGCUUGGUGAAUCCUCUAACCCAGUGCCGACCUCAGGCUGUCACUACCACCGCCGCUGCUGCUGCUGCUGCUGCUCAAACAUCACCGGGUAGUCCCAACGUUGUGGCUACAUUGUGUCAGCAGCCAUGUAGGUGUGCGUGCAGUCCCACGACACAACAGCAACAACAGAAACACCAGCAACAGCAGCAGCGUCAAUCUCCACUGCAGCAACAGCAGCACUCCUGUUCUGGACCAGAAGGGAAUAGUGCCUCUGAUGCCACCAGCAGCACCACCACCACGAAUAGCAUCGCCAGCAGCACCGCCACCACAAACACCAGCAGCAGGAGCAGUAAUGUCCCGGCUACGGACUCAGUUCAAGUGGUCUCCGCCGCCUCCGCCGUCUCAAUUACAUCGUCAACUUCCACAGCGGCAGCCGGGGUAUCAUCUUCGACAACGGAGCACCAGCAGCAAGGUGAGCAGAUACCAGCGGUGGCAGGGGCAGCGUCGUACAAACCAACUUUGUCGGCUUGUGCAGUUCACGUGCAGUCAUUCCCCGUCAGCGUAGUGGACGGAAACACAGCCGCGAACCAGACGUCGCCGUCGGUACAGGCAAGGAGAUCAAUGUCCAGUGCCGGACCACCGAGGAUGGUGUCUAUGAUAGGUACUUGGAGUCAGAGCUAUGCCGAUGGGGAGACAGCAGCAGCAGAAGAAGCAUCGCAGGAAGUGUCCGCAGCAGCAGCAGCAUCGCAAGAAACAUCAGCAGCAGCAGCAUCAACAGCUGGAACAGCACAAGAACUAGUAGCCGGAGAUGCACAGUGGCCAUCGUCACUGCAGGCUCAAGGCACAGUCACCAGUGCUGGGGGUGUUUGUGGUGGUGGUGGUUGCUGGGCAUUUCCACCGGCAUCUCAAUCAGCGCCACCGCCCGCGCCUGCCCCGCUGUCCAGUGGCAGCCUCCGUAGCGGCAGCAGCAGCACCAGCAGUAGUCUGCCACUGAGCACGUCACACGAAUUCCUACCCUACUCCUCCACCGCUGCCACUGCUGCAUCCGAAUGGGAUGCGAAUCCUUGCACGGUUGAAGCGCAGUCAACCAGCACAGCAGCACCACCGGCAGCAGUUGGUGCAUCGCAUCACAUACACGGAUCACCGCCGGUAUCCCACUCCAGCACCACGGCGGCAUCACCACACUCUUGCAACACCAUGCCUGGUGGCAUGCUGGCGAGGGCGACGGCCGAGCACGAGGAGAGGUUGCGCCGCUCGGAGCACAGGACGCGCUCCGAGCACGCUCUAGCGCUGCUCAGGACGCUGCGUCUGGUGCACCUGAGCAAGCGCAGCCUGCUGGAGCAGGUGGGCACGUUCCCGGCGUUCCGCAACUCCAUGGAGUGCCGUAACGUACUGGACUUGGCAAACAGGUUUCAUCUUCUGGACGAAGGCCCAGCGCGCUGGGACAUGCGCAGCCGGCUGGAGAUGUGUAGACCUCGCAAGUCGGUGCGCGGCACCGUGUUUGCACUCGGUGGCAAGAAGUCGUCGGAGCACAUCUCCGACAGCAUGGAGAUAUUCAAUAGCAGGUCGGGAUCAUGGACGCAAGGUCCCACACUGCUACGCCGCCGCCAACAGCUAGGCGUUGUCUACCACAACGGCAGUAUUUACGUGAUUGGAGGGUCGGACGGCGUGUCUCGCCUCAACUCCGUGCACAGCUGGAACCUACGGACGAAGGACUGGGAGGUUCGAGCCAGCCUGGCGUCUCCUCGCUCCGGGGUUGGUGUGGGCGUGUUGGAGGGUGCAAUCUACGCCGCCGGUGGAUAUGAUGGGCAUAUGUGUCUGGAUAGCGUGGAGAGGUAUGAUGAGGUCAACGAUCGGUGGAGCUUCGUGGCGCCAAUGCACAAGCGUCGCAGCUUUCCCGCCGUUGCUGCACUCACCGGUCGUCUGAUUGUCGUCGGAGGCAACGACGGCACCACGUUUCUCUCGGUCGCAGAGGCAUACGAACCCCAUCACGACCGAUGGCAGAGCAUUGCACAUCUGCAGAAGCCGCGUGCCGGCAUCGGCGCGGCAACCCUGUUUGGAUGUCUGUACGUGUGCGGCGGGAACGACGGUGCGGCGAGGCUGGACUCAGUGGAGGUGUAUGAUCCCGAUAGGAAUGAAUGGAAGCUGGUUCGACCAAUGCUGGCUGCCCGAGACGGUGCAUGUCUGUGUGCCCUUGGUUCAUCGCUGGUGGUCCUGGGUGGUAUCAAUGGUCCAGCCUAUCUGAACACGGUCGAGGAAUAUGAUCCCAUAAGCGACACGUGGACGUUUCUGACGUCGAUGGACGUGUGUCGCGUGGCGGGUGGCGUGGCCGUGGUGCCAACGGCGGACAUGGUGGAGUUCUCCAAGCCCGCCAGCAGUAAGGACACAUCGCGUUCACCCGCGCUAAUGGGCCCCGGCGAAGCGGGCAGAGUUGCUCAGGACAUGGCACUGCGCGUCCUCAAUAACGCUGCAAAUGAAUGAAUAGCAUUGACAAGAACAAACAAGCUGAGCCCUUUGAAUCGUAAGCAGCAACUUUCGGCCUUUUGUCUACAACAGUAUCUACUCGUACUACUCCAGCACUACAGUGUCUAGUACUCCAGCACUACAGUGUCUAGUACUCCAGCACUACAGUGCCUAGUACUCCAGCACUACAUGUACAGCAUGUAUACCUUGGAGUCUUGGUGUUGGUGUGAUGAGGUCGAACAGAGAGCGCACGUGCUGGAGGUGGAAUUGCUUCAGGCUGAACCAUUACCUGCGUAUGGAGCAGCGCGUUCACAUGGUAAACAUGGGUUCCCGUGUGUCUACAUGUAUGUAUAACCAGCACCCCACGCACACUGCUAGCUGUUGACUGCAGCAUUCGGCCCGGCAGCAUCCACGUCGUUACUGAGCGUAUCACCCAACUCUUUUUCACAGCAAAUUCAUCGAGUAUAAACUACCUGCACCAUGGAAUAACACACCUGUGCCGAUGCUGCUGACUGCCGACAUGUUUGCUGAGUUCACACUCGCACGCGUAUGUGUUACCAUUGUAAUGAUCAAUACUGCGUGCACAAACACAUGCCUUGACCAUCCGUCUCCAUAUUGAAUCUGCUCUCAGCGCUACAAACCAAGACACAAACACACCGCCUUAGCCGUCGUAAUACUGCAGCUGCUGUCAGCGCUUCAUGCCAAGCGAAGCAUUCAUCGUCGAGACUCCGUCAUGUUUCCUGAUUUUACGUUCACGCAAAGAUGUGUAUAUUAUGCAGGUAUGUGCACAGCCAAUGCCCGGGUCUCACGGCACUGUACGAGUCGUAUGUGCACAGCCAAUGCCUGGGUCUCACGGCACUGUACGAGUCGUUUGUGCAGAGCCAAUGCCUGGGCUCUUACACCCAUGAGUGUAUGCAGGUAUGUGCAGAGCCAAUACCUGGGCUCUUACACCCAUGCGUAUAUCAGUGCAGGUAGCACAGAGUCAAUGCCUGGGCUCUUACAACACUGUAUUUGCAGGCAACGCUGAGCCAAUACCAUUGCUCUCACAAUGCUCCUUUUCCAAUCGUAAUUGUCUUUUUACCGGGUAAUGUUACACGGUGUAAAAACAAUUGCUAUGAUGAUUGGAGGGUUACACCUGCCGAUGCUGCUGUUGUAUUUGCUGACUAACUGAGUGUACGUCAGUGUGCCGCUCCAGGGUGGUGGAGCGUGAGAGGGCGACAUCCUCACAGCCACGCUAUGAUUGUAUGCUCACGCUAAUGCAGUUUCAGAAAUCUAUCGUCUCAGACUCGCCUCCACGCUAUACUACACCCAUCACACCUGUUGUACCACUCUGGACGUAUUUACCAAGCACGCCGUAUUAACAUUGCUGUGAACACAAGCUGCUUGCCCAUGCAGACUAUGGCCAAGACGAACACGGUGCCUAUUCAUCACCAAACACCUCAAUAUCUCUUUUCGCUGGUUAUAAGCUUCUGCAUUGGUUCCCCCACACUCUACCCGAUUCCAAAUCUUCUGCAGUGGAAACAGCUUUCGAAAUAUCGUCCUCACUCCCACGCCGGGCUGCUCAGUGUUACUUUCAAAGUUCACACACAGACGCAGUGGCUUGUGCUGCCACUGUAACCAUGGCAACAACACUUGCUCUCCACUGAUGACCAUGGUGACAGUAGACCACCAGCUGCUGUGACCUCCUCAACUAAAUUAUAUUUUGUUCUUUUCUAAGCACUCACAGACUCUACUGCAGCCACCUACACAUCACUCAGUAUUUGUACCUCGACUCAAAUUUGUUUUUAAAAUUUGUUCUAUUUUUUUUAUUUCAAAAAUUAAUGAUGUUCACACUCCGACAACAAUAAGCCAGUGCAUUGUGACUGACCCUUGGUGGAUUAUGCUCGAAAAGCAGUGAAAUUGGCAGAACCAUACAAACCUUACGGCGGGCAAUUCCUUGAAUUCUUCUCCAUUUCAUUAUACACAUACCAAACAUGACAUGAAACAAACCAGAAAAAGUACCAAAUUAUGCCAAUUUCUCUGCCGCCAUUAUCCGCCAAGCCCUACCCGAAUUGUGACCUGGGCCCGAGGUACAUAUAGCUCUCCCAUGCCGAUUUGAAGAAGGCGAUUUUUGCACUCACACCUUAUUGAA